UCUGCGGCGAGACCCCAAAUUCAUGUUUACUCCGAAACGGGAGAAGCAAUUAUGACUUCCGUGUUGCUUCCAGCAGUAUUCAAAGCACCAAUUCGACCUGAUGUUGUAAGAUUUGUUCAUACAAAUAUUGCAAAGAGUAAUCGUCAACCUUAUGCCGUAUCUUCAAAAGCCGGACAUCAAACUUCAGCCGAAUCUUGGGGAACUGGUCGUGCUGUUGCCCGUAUUCCCCGCGUCUCUGGUGGUGGUACCCAUCGUGCAGGACAGGGUGCUUUCGGUAACAUGUGUAGAGGAGGUCGAAUGUUCGCACCUACCAAAAUCUGGCGUAAAUGGCACAUUAAAACUAAUUUAAAUCAAAAAAGAUUCGCUACUACGUCAGCAUUGGCAGCAUCUUCUAUUCCAUCUCUCGUUCUGGCGCGAGGCCAUCGCAUUGAAGAAAUUAAGGAAGUACCGCUCGUAAUUGGCAAUGGUAUUGAAUCUUUGACCAAAACUAAAGCAGCUGUUGGCCUUCUAAAAAGUGUUAAAGCAUACAAAGAUGUAGUUAAGGUUUCAAAUUCUCGCAAAUUAAGAGCUGGCAAGGGUAAAUUACGUAAUAGGCGUCACCGUCAACGUAGAGGACCCUUAAUAGUUUAUAACGAAGAUCAUGGGGUUGUCAAAGCCUUUCGCAAUAUUCCAGGAGUUGAACUUGUUAAUGUUAGACAUUUGAAUUUACUACAAUUAGCACCUGGUGGUCAUUUGGGUAGAUUUAUUAUCUGGUCUCAAGGGGCUUUUUCUUUACUGGAUGAAUUGUUUGGAACUUACCGAAAAGCUGCAUCUCUUAAGAAAGAUUACCGUCUUCCAAGUCAUAUUAUUUCAAAUCCUGAUGUGACCAGUAUCAUCAACUCCACAAAGAUUCAGUCAAUCCUCCGACCUGCUGGAGAAAAGCAUCAAAAACGUCCUUGGACUCAAAAGAAAAACCCCCUUCGUAACAACGGAGUAAAAAUCCGUCUAAACCCUUAUGCAAAAGUUUUACAAAGGGCCGAAAUUCUUGCAGCUGAAAGACGUAAGGCUGGUAAAAUUAAAAAACAAAAGGUCCAUCACAGAGCUUCAACAAAGACUUCUCGAAA